AUGGGGCCAAAGCUGAUGUUUGAUCUUGUCCAGAGGCUCUCACCACGACAGAAACAAGCUGUCGUAGAAACUGGAUUUGGUGGACUUCUUCAUCUCCAACUCUGCACCAAUGAAUCAAAGUUGGUGCAAUACCUGCUGGACAACUUUAAUGUUUGCAGGUGUGAUUUUGUAUUGAGGAUGAUAGUCUCCACAUUGAAGAGGAAGAUGUCGAAUACACGUUGGGAAUCCCGCGAGGGCCUGAAGGUCAAUGAGGGGACAAAGAUGGAAGACACCUCAACCCGUGAAUACAAACUGCUUGACUUCAUGGAGAAGGAGGUGGGGAGAGCUGAUCAUGGUGAUGAGUUCAAGAGGGAUUUCGUAGUCUUUGCCGUUUCCUCCAUGCUUCGAGGAAACAUAACACGCUACUCCAAGUACAGGAUCUUAAACUCAUUGAUUGAUGUUGAUAUGAUUAAAGAGUACAAUUGGUGCGCCUACACAUACCAAUCUCUCAUUGACUCGAUAGAUAGUUACAAUGAAGAUAGAAAGAGAAGCUUUUGGGGGCCAAUGACAUUGAUAUUGCUGUUCUACUUUGAUCGAGUAGAAUUCAAAGGAAUGAAGAUCAACAGGACAUACCCUAGCAUACUUGCUUGGACAACCACGCUUGUAAGAAAGAGAGUCAAGGCUGAAAAAAGGGCUGGUGGGUUUGGAAAAGGAAGGGUUAUCCCUAGAGUUAAGAAGCCAAGGACUGAUGCUACCACCUCACUGCAACAACCUGCAAGCACUGCUGCUGCUACAACCUCACUACCACAACCUGCAUUUACUGCUGCUGCUACUACUUCUUCUACUCCUGCUACUGCAACACCGACACCAACUACAAGUGAGCCACUCUCAAGUGUUGAUCGGGUGACCGUGUGCUCCAAAAGCUAG